AUAAGGCAUUUCCCUGCAGCGUUGGGAGGGGGGAUGCAGGAUAUUCUCACAGGAUGUGAUGGCUGGACAUCGGUGAACACAGUCAGCUGAGAGCAGGGUUAGUGUGUGUGAGGCUUGCGGUGUUUCACUUGGUUUUAAUCGAUCUGUGAGUGGGUGUGUGUGUACUGAGGAUGUGAGAGCAACAUGGUCAGGAGGCUCUGUGAAGACCAGUGAUCUGCUUCAAGUGAGGUAAUGUUCAAUUCUAUAAAAAGACUCACAGCAUGUUGCUUGUUGGAGGACUUGGACUUAGACUGAGGGAGCAGAUGUGUGCAUGGUUAGAAAUAUGCACCAUGGCCGUCCUCCAGCUGCUCCUGCCGCUGAUGGUUUGCAGCGUGGCUGCGUCCGAACGGCCUCCCCAACACCUCCCAGCAUGCCAAGUUGUCCAGAUGGAUGUGUUCUGCAGCAAUCUGAGCCUCAGAAGCGCACCAGUCGACCUUCCUCAAGGCGUCCGACUGCUGGAUCUGUCCCGCAACCAGGUGCAGAAUCUCUCGCAGGAAACCCUGGCAUACCAAAGCGGUUUCCAGCACCUGAACCUCCACGGCAACAAGAUCCACUUCAUCCAGCCGGGGCUCUUCAAAGACAUGACGGAUCUAAGAGUCUUGGAUCUGUCCAGGAAUCAUCUGAAUGUUUUCGCUCACUCCAAAAUCAACAUUGGGCCUCUGACAGCUGUGGAAUCGCUUGAUCUGUCAAACAACGGGCUGUACACGGGGAUGUCGGACUAUUUCUUAGCUGAUUCCCCAUCGCUGGUGGACCUUUCUCUCAACGGCAACAGCAUCACAAAAAUAGCCCAUAACACCUUCAGCGGAUCCUCGUCGUUGAGAAGAAUCAGACUCCACAAUAACGUCAUCUUGGAGAUUGAAGACGGAGCUUUUGAGGUCUUGGAUAACUUGACUGAACUCGAUUUGUCCAAGAACUCCAUCACAUGCAUCACAAAUUUUAACCUUUGCAACCUAAAAGUGCUCAAUCUGAGCAAAAACAGCGUGGAGUUAUUCCGCAGCGCCACAACGAUGGUUUUCUCACUCACUCAUCUAGAUUUGAGUGAAAACAAAAUGCUCUACUUCCCUCUUCUCCCCAGAUUCAACAUGAUUGAACAUAUUGAUGUUUCCCGAAACCAUCUUCAGACCAUCAACGUGACAGGAGGUCUUGAGAAGAGGACACAAGUUUAUUUCAAUCAUCUAAAAUACUUAGACAUGAGUUACAAUCAACUCAAAAGCAUACCUGAGUCGUUCUUUCACUGUAAGGAUAUUCUGGAGGUGCUAAAUGUGAGCAAUAACUGCAUCAGCUCGUUCUCUAUCACCAACCCAGGCCUUCUGCAGAUGGUGAAGAUCAUCAACCUCAGCUUUAACCCGCUGCAGAGCCUGACAUUUGGGGAAAACACUUUGCCAUCGCUGGAAAAACUCUUCCUGCAAGGAAACGACCUCACCACCCUGGAGCAUGGAAUAUUCCAAAGAUUUCCCAGCAUCAAACACUUGCAUCUGCAGCAGAACAAUCUGGAAGUCUGCUCCUUGAAGCAUGAACAUCAGGAUUGUGUCUCCUUCUCUUCCAUACCGAACUUGCAGUUCUUGAACUUGUCUGAAAACAAUUUAAUGAUUUUGCCUGCGAACGCAUUCACUAACACCUCUCUGAAGUUGCUGGAUUUGUCGCUAAACCCUGGGCUAGAAAUGGACAAAGACUCCCUCUCCGGUUUGGAGCAUACCCUAAUCCACCUCCUCUUAAAAGAAAACAACAUUUCCAGUUUAAACACCGACUUGUCGUCCCUGAAGAGUCUCAAACACAUCGACUUAUCCACCAACCAACUGACUAAUAUACCCGUGUGGAGCAAAGACUCGUCCAUAGAGUCGCUGAACCUGCAGAACAACAACCUGGUGACGCUGAAGUACAGCUCCAUGCUCGCCCUGGAGCACUCCCUGAAAACUCUCUACAUGGGCUCCAACCCUUUGAGCUGCUGCAGCAAUUUGGACUUCCUGCAAAUGGUGCAGCGUUCGGCUGUGGUCGUCCCCGACAUCGAGAUGACCACCUGCAUUCACAAGGAGUAUUCGGAGCCGGUGAACAUUGAGAAGGUGACGAAUGAAAUGUGCCACAUAUCAGGCUCGCAGAACUACGUUAUUGUCUUAGUGGUGAUAGCGUUGGUUGUGAUGAUCGUGACGGCGUUGUCGGUUCGAUUUUGUCAGGCAAGAAAACGAAAGCACAUCCGGAGUUUUAACGCCUGAUGAAGGAAUAUAUGUUUGGGACUCUGUUGGUGGUUUUUAAUGAAGAGACAGUAGAGAAGCUUGAAUGUAUCUGCCCAAAGUCUUCUGAAGGGACAGUUUAAAGACUUGAUUUGUGUUCAUCAGCACCAUCUUUCCCACUAAAGUGACGGAAUUGAGUUGGGACAGACAAGAAGGAACCACAAUGGUCGGACGAGACAUCAAGGACACUUGUGACAUUAAAGAGAGGGGAGGUCUCGCCCCGCCCCUUACAUUGGACCACCAUAGGACCUUAUUUCGGAAAGAAAUAUGUACGCUAAAAGCCAGAUGCUUCCCUCCUGUUUGAGUCCAUGAAUCAUGCAUAUUUGCAAUCAUCACUAAGCAAGUCAAGAGAGUUGCAGUUAGUCAUUAAACUGUUGACGUACAAGACGUCACAAAAGUUGCAUAAAUGUUGCAACAUACUAUCUCACUGAAACUUUAGAAUAUCUACGUGUGCAUUUGUCACAAAAGAUAAGGUUACAUGUUUGCUUGGAACAUAGCUAAGUAAGCUAGCUAGCCCUCAAGCUAGCACAUAUGGUCAACGGUAGUGGACAGCAAAAGACAAUAUUUUGCAAUACAUAAAUCAAAUCUAAAAAUGUUCUCACCCACUGAAGCUAAUAUAUCUGUGAGUUUUGUACCAGGAUGAACUCAUCCUCUUUUUAACAUCAUGAAAAUACGUCAAGUAAAAUGACUUUGCUACAUAGCUAAGCUACCUAGCUAGCUAGCAGGCUCUGUGAACUAAACAAACUAAACAAAAUAAAGAAUGUUCCGAAGACAAAAACGCAACUUUCUUAACGUGACAGACUUUAUAUGUGUGAUUCAUGCCACAACUAGUGCGAUGAAAGAAUGAUCUGUGUGUACCAGUGCAUAUUUUUCCAGAAAUAACGUCCCAUCGGUGACACGAGACGGAAUAUUGAAAUGAAGGCAGACCACAGGACUUCUCGUGGAAUAUAUUUUCUGUUGGACUUUUCAAAAGGGCUUCUUAACAGCUAGCAUUUCUUGCAGUCAGCAUCUGAUGUUCAUUUGAGGAUCUGCAACUUUAAAGAUUUAUGACUGAAAUUCCCAGCUUAUCAAGCCACGUGCUAUCUUGUUUCGAUUGAAUGUGAAAAAAGGAUUUACUCACUACACUUCAACACCGUACCAUGAAAUGCUAAAGCAAUAGUUGCACUUCUUGUGGAAAUGAUUUGCUUUCUUGUUGAAAAAUGAAGAAACACAAACACUACAAUAGGUUGUGAAACAGAAUAUUCUUUUCAUGGACGAGGAAGUAUGUUUUCAUGAAGUAUAUCGUUUAUCACAAAGAGGUUUUAUAAAGCAAUCCAAUCCAUCCCUUUACCCUUUGUGUAGUUUGCACUUUAAAUGUAUUGUGACUUUUAACACUAAGAAUGAUGUUGUUAUUUUAAAUCAAGCAGGACAUUUAAAAAAUAUGUUUGAAUUGAUCCCAGACCUGUGGUAGAAAAUCUAUUAAUUUGACAUGGCUAAGCACUGAAAUUAAAAGAACUGUGAUACUCGAAAGUAUAACACACAUGAUGUAUAUUUUUAGAUGAUUAAAUGAAGAUGAAAUCCAGCGUUGAAUUGGGCUACACUGGGAUCCACUAUUUCAUUAAAUUUGAGUUCUUCAUCCUGUGAUGUAAUGUUAGCAAUAUUUCUGUACCACAUGAAAGCCAUUUUCUACACUGUGAGAUAAUAUUUGUGAUAUAAAAACAUUUAAACCUGA